AACGCCCGCAGCUCACUGGCUCAAAUGCAAUCGGCCUCUACUCCUGUGACAUCAACCGAGAACGACUGACUUCUUUGAGAUCAGCCUCCACUAUUUGCAACAUCAUUAUUCACCAUUGAUUUUGAUUGACCUUCUCCUCCUGAUCUGGAACCCAUUCCUGUACUUGUAGAAAUUGUCAUUCCUCGCCUGCUUUGUUUCUCCCGCCCAAGAAUUAGUGUCGUGCUUUAACCGCAUUAGACCUCUAGCCUAACCGAGACAAGUCGAGUUCCUCGUCCAUACCUCAUAAUACUUUCCUGACGAAUCUGAUUAAACGCUCCUCGCCCUUUCCACUUCAAAAACUCGAAAACACGGAGCAUUCGCCCAUUCCCAAUUUUUCACAAACAUUUAAACAAUUUCAUAAAUACCCUUUCCAACACUUUACUGGAACUGGCCCUCUGCAACUUUCAGUACCUGCGGUUCCCCUUCAUGGCUCUGCGGUAACGUCUCUACGUCCGGUAGUUUUGGUUGGUUUUCUAGGGUUUUAAGGAAAGUCAGUUCGGAGCGGAGUGCUGGAAGCUCUGGGAGUAUUUGAUCCAGGUUCCACUUCGAGAGUGAAGACAAUUCGGGAUAGCGUCGAAAGAAUACCUACCAACGACCACCAUUUACCUGCACCCUGUCCACCGACUCUCUCAAAUACCUUCUCCAUGCAUCGAACAGCUACAAGACCAGCUCCUCUCGAUUUCCCCCUCUCCUCUACCUAUCCAACUUACAGUGUCGAUAAACUCAGAACUCUGGACCACUCGCCGUCUAAGCAUACACCAGUCUAUUUCCAGGCUCCUGUCAAGGCCGGCCUUCAUACACCACCUGAAGACGAGAUGGGAACUACAUACCAACACCCGCAAUAUAACCCAUAUGCCAGCCGACCAGAUUCAACUUAUUCGAACUCAGCAACUGUGACUACCGGAAGGAGCUAUGGAGGAUUUCCAACAGUCAGGCAAUGUGCGGUACCACAUCCACAUUCAACACUGAACCAACUGUCCGCUCCUACAGCUUCACUUUUACGAAAUGAAAAUCAGAUCUCUCAGCAGUCUUACAGACAGCCAACAAGUCCCCUCUCAUCGACUAGGUCAACUACAUUAGCUCCAGAAGAAGAACCGUCUCCCAGGCCAAGCAGCAGGAAUGAUUUGAUACUAGCGAGCCUACAGAUUCCGUCUUCAAUAAAUAAUAGUGGUGGAAGUCUUGCGGAAUUUGCAGCUCAAGUAUGUGUGCUAUUUUUAUUUAGCUGAUGGGCAUACACUAACACACCCUCACAGAUUACUUGUCUAUUUUGGUUUGAGUCGACAGAAACUCUAAAGAAAGCUGAAAAUGUCGGUAUUUCUUCAGGUACAAUAAAUCGACUGCGAGACGAAGCUCUACCAUCCAGCGGAUUUAAAAAAUGGGUUGUCACAAUUCUUUCGACAACGCAGGUUACACAGAAUGUCAUCUUGCUUGCUCUUUUAUUCAUCUAUCGACUGAAGAAGAUCAAUCCCGCUGUCAAGGGAAGAAGUGGUAGCGAGUAUAGAUUACUCACUGUGGCUUUGAUGUUGGGCAACAAAUGUAGGUUUUGGAGGACAUGUCGGAAAUAGGACUUACGCUAAACUUAUAUAGUUCUUGACGACAACACCUAUACCAAUAAGACCUGGGCAGAAGUUUCCGGAAUAUCGGUCACCGAGAUCCAUGUCAUGGAAGUCGAGUUUCUUAGCAACAUGAGAUACAGCCUAUUGGCAUCGAAAGAGCAAUGGCAGGAAUGGCAAGAAAAGCUAGGAAAAUUCUGGAUCUACUGUGAUGAGGCUGCAAAGGCACCCGUUCUGCAGAUAUCGCCACACGCACAUGCAGUUCUCCCACCUGCGUUGCCAUCACCACCAAGCUCGAUGCAGAACUCGCCUCCCUCUUUAACUAGCGGAUACAGAAAAUGGGAGCCCGAGCCAGGAGCCUCCUCAUCGAACAGCACAGGGUCCCAUUAUAGCCAGCAAUGGCCCGCCAAUUAUGGUGCUACUGUAUCCACGCAUGCACCAACGAUGCCAGAGCAUGAUUUGGGCUCUUCUGCUCGGAAACGUAGUUACGAGGGCAACUUGGAACAGCCAGCUACCAAGCGUGUCACGAGACCUGCUCCCAACGGGGUAGCUGCUUCGUUCCCCUCAGCCACGCCACCUAGAAGAAAUGAACUUCCUCGAUUACCGGUCCCAAACUUGACCAUUUCAACAAGCCAGCCCAUGAGCAGCUACAACAAUCCUUCAUCCGCUUUAUCACAGAUUGUGCCCCUCCUACCACCCCUCAGCGGCAGCCGUUCCAUGGCGUCGGUAUUUCCUGCCACGCCAUCUUGGCCUCCUAACCUACACGUCUUAACACCAACUGGACCACCUAGCCAACAUGGAACACCAAACGGAAAUGGUUACUCCACUCCUUCACGCCGAACGAGUCCUCGCUCGGUUCAAGAUUUAUUGUCACUUGGUUCUUCACCUGUCUCCGGAAAUUUUCCAGGGCAUAAUCCCGGCCAUAUUUCGCCCUCGUUCUUUCUUCAACAGCGGAAUUCUCCAUACAAGCCAGUUCGGCAUGUCAACACUCUUCUGUACCCACCACCUUCUGCAUCAAUGCACGGUUACUCCGCCAAUGUUGACCAGAUGCACUAUCAACCACUUGGUCGACGCAAUGAUUACCGUCCUGGCGUUGUGCCUGAAUACGCUUCUCAAGGGCCUUAUCAACAGUGGCCUGUUUUACCACAACCUAAUUUUCACGCUUAAUUACAAGAUCGCUUCUUUUGACCUAAAGAUUUCUCACAUUUGAAAAAAGACCGGGCAGAACACCGGAUGCUUACGUAUUUUUCUUUCCGGGGGGGUUAUUUUAGAAAGCAAAAAAGCCAAGGCCAGUCAGAAAAACUGGGGUUGGCAUCACUGCAUGUUCAUGGCGUUACACAUCAUUAUUCAACUUUGUUUUUAUGACAGCGAGACUUGACAUCGUCCCUGUCUUUUGUUCGCCUGAUAUACCAAGAUUAUUUUCACCACCGCAUGGAUUCGGAGUUUGGGGGACCAUCGAGCUUCGAGGCUUUCUUAGUCUGAGGCUGCCACUUGCAUUCGGCUUUUGUUUUUUUUCUCGCCACUGGAAAUGGGGGGGGGCUGCCAUCUCCUGGUUUGGGGCUAAAUGGAUUGAGUGGUUAGGAUACAAAGGAUAGAUGGCGAAGAUUGGAAGAAAAGGGACAACUUCGUCUGGAUACCUGCCUAUCUAUCUGUCCAUCGGAUGGGGCGAUUUGGGCUUGGUGGGAAUGAAGAUAGUGAUUUGAUCGCGCCACGACUUGGAAGUAUUCCACGAAUUUGGGUCUGGGAGUAAACCGGAAUCAGAAAAUAUAUUAUCUUUAUCCCCCAUG